GGAACUUUCUCUCUCUUUCCUGCCAUGGCCUUUAUAUGCUCCUCCCUCUCCCUCCAAGCUCCUCAGAUCAAACCAUCAACAGCAAGCAAGCAGCGCAAUCGCCACAACCGAUCACAUUCUUCUUCGAUUCUUUUCCAGAAGCGCAUUCCGAUCAACCGCAGUCCAUGGCUCCGAAGAGCGAAGGCAAGGCCGUCGGCAUCGACCUCGGCACCACCUACAGCUGCGUCGGCGUCUGGCAGAACGACCGCGUCGAGAUCAUCGCCAACGACCAGGGCAACCGCACCACCCCGUCCUACGUCGCGUUCACCGAUACCGAGCGCCUCAUCGGUGAUGCCGCCAAGAACCAGGUCGCCAUGAACCCCCACAACACCGUCUUCGACGCGAAGCGCCUCAUCGGGCGCCGGUUCUCCGACCCCACCGUCCAGGCCGACAUGAAGCACUGGCCGUUCAGGGUCGUCGCCGGCCCUGGCGACAAGCCGAUGAUCGCCGUCAGCUACAAGGGCGAGGAGAAGCAGUUCGCCCCCGAGGAGAUCUCGUCGAUGGUGCUGACGAAGAUGAAGGAGAUCGCCGAGGCCUACUUGGGGCAGACGGUGAAGAACGCCGUAAUCACCGUCCCCGCGUACUUCAACGACUCGCAGCGGCAGGCGACGAAGGACGCCGGCGCGAUCACCGGGCUCAACGUGAUGAGGAUCAUCAACGAGCCGACCGCCGCGGCGAUCGCGUACGGGCUCGACAAGAAGGGGUCGAGGACCGGCGAGAAGAACGUCCUCAUAUUCGACCUCGGCGGCGGGACUUUCGAUGUCUCGCUGUUGACGAUUGACGAGGGCAUCUUCGAAGUGAAGGCGACGGCCGGUGACACUCAUUUGGGAGGUGAGGAUUUCGACAACAGGCUCGUGAAUCAUUUCGUGCAGGAGUUCAAGAGGAAGCACAAGAAGGACAUCAGCGGGAAUGCGAGGGCUCUGAGGAGGUUGAGGACCGCUUGCGAAAGGGCAAAGAGGACCCUGUCUUCGACGUCCCAGACCACGAUCGAGAUCGACUCGCUCUAUGAAGGUAUCGAUUUCUACGCUACAAUCACUAGGGCGAGAUUCGAGGAGUUGAACAUGGAUUUGUUUAGGAAGUGUAUGGAGCCCGUAGAAAAAUGUUUGAGGGAUUCGAAGAUCGACAAGAGUCAGGUUCAUGAUGUUGUUCUCGUUGGUGGGUCGACGAGGAUCCCGAAAGUUCAGCAACUCUUGCAGGACUUCUUCAACGGAAAGGAGUUGUGCAAGAGCAUUAACCCUGAUGAGGCUGUUGCUUAUGGGGCUGCAGUCCAAGCUGCAAUCUUGACUGGUGAAGGGGAUGAGAAAGUGCAGGACUUGCUCUUGCUCGACGUCACACCUCUGAGCCUCGGACUUGAGACCGCGGGUGGUGUGAUGACUGUUCUUAUCCCGAGGAACACAACGAUCCCAACGAAGAAAGAGCAGGUAUUCUCGACGUACUCCGAUAAUCAGCCAGGUGUGCUCAUCCAGGUGUACGAAGGCGAGAGGGCGAGGACGAAAGACAACAAUCUUCUGGGCAAAUUCGAGCUCACGGGUAUCCCUCCUGCCCCAAGAGGUGUUCCACAGAUCAAUGUAUGUUUCGACAUCGAUGCAAAUGGAAUUCUCAAUGUGUCGGCAGAGGAUAAGACCGCAGGUGUGAAGAACAAGAUUACAAUUACGAAUGACAAGGGGAGACUGAGCAAGGAUGAGAUAGAGAGGAUGGUGAAGGAAGCAGAGCAGUACAAGGCGGAAGAUGAGGAGGUGAAGAAGAAGGUAGAGGCGAAGAACUCGCUCGAGAACUAUGCUUACAACAUGAGAAAUACAGUGAGGGACGAGAAAUUCGCCAAUAAACUGAACCCGGCUGAUAAGCAGAAGAUUGAGAAGGCAAUUGACGAGGCAAUCGAGUGGCUUGACAGGAACCAAUUGGCUGAAGUGGAUGAAUUUGAGGACAAAUUGAAGGAACUGGAAGGCCUGUGCAACCCUGUUAUUGCCAAGAUGUACCAGGGCGCUGGUGGAGAUGUGCCGAUGGGUGGAGGUGCAGACAUGCCCAACAGUUAUGGUGCUUACAGCGACAAGGCUAGCUCUGGUGGCGCUGGUGCUGGGCCCAAGAUUGAAGAGGUAGAUUAAGGGAAAUGAGGUGUCGUGCAGAAGCCUAGAGCUGUCCUGUUUUGGGCUUUUGGUCUCUGUGUUGUGAUUGAGUUCUGUUUGAGAGUAAGACGUGUCGAGAUGUAUAGUUAUAAUUAAAGCUGAGUGUAAUAAUUGCAGUGUGCAUAUUUUCUUUUUCAGAUCAUGUUAAUCUGAUUAGUACUUUCCUCAAAAUCCAGUGUUCAUUCUUAAA